GGUUCCUGAGGGGGAGAGAUGCCUGUCUCCUCCCCCUCCUGCCUCCCCCUCCUCUUCAUCUGCCCCAACCCCCUUUUCUCCACAAAACACACUUUCACAGAGCUUCUCGCACACACACACUUUCACACUGCCGGUGUUUGUAGAUGUCGGAUAAGGGCAGGGCGAAGAGAACUAUUUGUGAAAGUCCUCAGACAACUGUCGAGUUUAUUUCUCAGUAGAAACUCUUCAUCAACUGUUGUUGUGAUUCAGUGAACAGUAACUGUAUCUGGAGGUGAACCCAACUUCAAUCAGAGACAAACCCAAACCUUUCUGGAUUCUGGAAUAUUCCUCCACACGUUACUGGUCUCUCUUCAAAACUGUAGGUGACUGUGAUCUAGUGACUCUGUGUGUUUUCGUUUCUGUGCGUGGAGUGGAGUAUAGAGAGUAUGCAGGUAGCAUAUGUGAUUGUCUGUGUGUGUUUGAGUCUGUCCCUCAUCCACAAAACCUCCGCUCAGUCCCCUGAGGAGUACAGUGACAGCUACAUGGAAUGCACAGAUGGUUAUGAGUGGGAUCCUCAGAGUCAGCACUGUAAAGACGUAGACGAGUGCAAGACCAUCCCAGGGGCGUGCCAGGGGGACAGGAAGUGCUUCAACCACUACGGGGGCUACCUGUGUCUUCCCCGCUCCGCCUCAGUCAUCACCGCACCCGAACCCCCCAACCAGGGUGUGAACGUGGAUCCCAACGAGGCCUUCAACCCCUGUCCUGUGGGCUAUGAGGAUCGGGGGGAGGUCUGCGUGGACGUGGAUGAGUGUGAACAGGCUUUUCAUGACUGCCAGCUGAGCCAGGUGUGUGUGAACACUGUGGGCACCUACAGCUGUCACUGCCCAGACGGGUACACCAAGAACGGCAUCGAGUGUGCAGACAUUGACGAGUGCAGAUACAGAUACUGUCAGCAUCACUGUGUCAAUGUUCCUGGCUCUUUUUCUUGUGAGUGUGAGUCUGGAUUUCGAUUGGCCGGAAACAAUCGCUCAUGUGUGGAUGUGAAUGAGUGUGAGAUGGGCGCCCCCUGCCAGCAGGGGUGUUAUAACACCCACGGCUCCUUCCUCUGUCGCUGCGACCAGGGAUACGAGCUGGGACACGAUGGAUACUCAUGCGAUGAUGUGGAUGAGUGCAGGUAUUCCAGCUACAUGUGCCAGUUCCAGUGUGUGAACGAGCCCGGGGGGUUCUCCUGUGUGUGUCCCGAGGGCUACCAGCUCCAGGGGCCCAGGCUGUGCCAGGAUGUAAAUGAGUGUGAGUCAGACACACAGCAGUGUGAACAGGGUCAGACCUGCCUCAACAUCCAUGGAGGGAGUCGGUGCCUGGAAUCCAACCACUGUCAGGAGCCUUACGUACAGGUGUCCGAAAGCCGCUGUGUGUGUCCGGUGGUCAAGCCCGAGUGCGCCCACCUACCGUACUCCGUGGUGCACCGCUACAUGAGCAUCACCUCCGGACGCUCCGUCCCCUCCGACGUGUUCCAGAUCCAGGCCAACAGAGUCUACCCCGGGGCCUACAACACCUUCCGUAUCCGCUCCGGGGACCAGCACGGGGACAUGUACAUACGGCAAAUUAACAACAUCAGUGCCAUGCUGGUCCUGGCUCGGGCGGUGACUGGACCCAGAGAGUACAUCCUGGACCUGGAGAUGGUGUCUGCCAACCCUCUGAUGAGCUACCAGACCAGCUCCGUCCUGCGCCUGGCAGUCUAUGUGGGGCCUUACACCUUCUGAUAGCAAGACAGGAACAGGGACACAGAGGGUGCCAUGAAGUGAUGGAGACUGGAACAUUGGCCUGACACUUCUGUUCUGACAGGAGAAGAAGAAAAAAAAAAUUAACAUGCUAGCACAGCCGAAGCAGUGAAAUCAUUCUCUCAUAAUCUCGUAGUCACUCAUUCACAUAGUCUGAGUCAAUGAGAAUAACCUUUUGCUAACAGUAGGACUCUUUGUUCACAAAAACAUGACUAAACACUUUGCAAUACUACUUUAACUGUGCACUGAAUUUUAAGCGGUUAACGAAGUGCUAUUACCUUGCUGAUAGAUGAUCACAUCUGCUGUACAAACUCAGUUCACCUGCCAAUAUUCUGCCACCCAUCCAACAGUAAUCUUUCCAAUCAAAACUGAGUUUUACCUUAGAUGGUUAAAACUAUUUUCUAGUGUUUCGUUCAUUAAUGUUGUGUUUGAUUUGUAAGAAUAUGCUCCUAAGAUAUUAAAACAGACAUUUUGGGACUGUG